UCCGGCAAAAGGCGUUGUGUCUCUUGUCUAAAAUUGCAAAUCACUUCCCAUUCAAUUCCAUCCCGCAUUCAUCAUGACUUGAGAGAGUGGCCUGGCCCGACUCAAAUUCUAAAUUUCGUCUCGUGCAGCAUGGACGCGUGGUUGCAGAAUUGCAAGCUGCAUCUACAUAUACGUUUCUAUAUACCAGAAUGAUCCAAAUACAUGAGUCCCUCCCAUUUUCAAGAAUAUCUCAAGAAACGCUCAUGGCUUCGUAAAUUCUCUUUCCAGCAUGCCGUGUGCUCUCGCGUAACCAGCUCAGUAGGACCCCCAAACGCCGUGUAUCGAAAAAACACAUCCCGCCGUGAAAUGCAAUGCUGAUGAAUCAGCGGCAGGCCAUCCAGCCCACAUACCCCAUUGGGAAAGGUGCCCACUCGUCGUCGUGCCUCGUGCUCAGUCCACCGGGAGGCCCUCCCACCCGAAAAUCCUCCGGCCAACCUACGGUACCAGGGCUCCCAAACGACAGUAGUGGAGUGUAAGCGCAUUGCAGCGACUUACGCCGCACUUGCAGCCGCUGGGGGACGAAGAGCGCUGUUCACCUUUCGCCGGUAAUGUUACCAGCGUAGCGUAGAGCGCACCGCUC